UUGUGUGCCGGUCACCUUAGCUAAUUACUAGGCGGCUGCCAUGACGCUGUGGAGUGAGCUGAGUGAAGUGGCGACGGUGGCACAGCUUGUCGGCGCAGACGUCGGCGGGCUCAUCUCAAGGAUCACGCAGGCUGCGGAGACGGCGCGGCAGAACAGGAGGGAGUGCCAGCAGCUCGCGCGUCGGGUGCUCAUAAUCUCGCGGCUGCUGCCGCUGGUGGAGGACCCGGAGGCGGCGCGGCAGAUGGCCGGGCUGGGUGACACGCUCCGGGAAGCCCACGAGCUCCUCCAGUCCUGCCAGAGGAGCAGCGCCGCGUACCAUUUCUUCAUGGCCGGCAGGAAGGCCGUAAGGUUCAGAGAGAUGCAGAACAAGAUCGACUUCUACCUCCUCCUCUUCCCCGUGACCAGCCACAUCGGCAUUGCACGCCGUCUCGACCGGAUCUACAAGCUCCUUGACACCACCGGAGCCGGAGCCGAAGCCGGAGGUAUGUACAUCUGCGGUACAAAUUUGUCUCGCGUCUCCCUGAAUGCUGCGUGCUUAUAUAUGGUCUCUUUUUCAGGAGUCUACGGUGGUCGUGGCGAACAGGAAGUAGUACCGUAUGAAAUCCGUAAAUUCACGUUUGCAGAAAUCGUGGCUGCCACUGAUUACUUCGCACCUCACAGGGUGCUCGAGAUCGGCACCUAUAUAGGUCUGUACAGGGGAAGGCUUCACGAUGGGCGAGAGGUGACCGUCAAACGCAAUAGGGACUGCCCGUCCUACCUCUUUGAGGAAUUAUUCCGCACGGAGAUGGACAUCCUACCACGGCUCCAACACAAACACAUCGUCCGCCUUCUUGGAUCGUGUGUGACUGCAAAGAAGGACAAGCGCCUGUCAACAAUCCCGCAACAGAAGAAAAAGCGUCUGCUAUCCUGGUGGAGAAAGGAGCCGAAAGAGCCCGAGUGGCUGAUCGUCUACGACUGCAAGGCGAACGGCACGCUCUUCGACCACCUACUCCAUGAUCGAGGCCCCUCCGUGCUGUCGCCGGUGACGGUGUCCUGGAAGAUGCGCAUCGAGGUGCUCCUCGGCGUGUCGCGGGCCGUCGAGCACAUGCACUGUCAUGCCAACCCGCCCAUCAUCCACAGGUGCAUCAAGUCGCAAAACAUCCUUUUCGACGCCACCUGGGUGCCGCUUGUGUCAGGCUUUGGCUCGUCGGUCGUCUGGGACAUGGCGAGCGAGGAGUCGGGGAUGACCAUUGCGGGCAUUCAUGGCACAUUUGGGUACCUCGACCCAGAGUACGUGACAACAUGUUGUAUGAAGCCGACGAACGACGUGUACAGCCUAGGCAUUGUGAUGCUCGAGGUUCUGACCGGUGAAAUGCCAAGUGAGGAGUUCAAACAGGGAGGUAUACGUAUGGCAUCUUUCGCCGUCCCCAUCAUUGAGGCCGGCAAUAUUAGAGGGUUGCUGGACACUCGACCCGUGCCGGAGCCAACGCCCGGGCAGCUCCGGGCGCUGGAGCAUGUGGCACAGACUGCACGAUGCUGCGUGAAGGAGGAAGGGAAGGACCGGCCGACCAUAUCCGACAUCGUGGCCAACCUCGAGACGGCGCUCGAAUUUUUCUGCAGGGACGACCCAAGCUCCGUUCACGAGUCACCAGAACGUGUUAUCGACGUCCCAUGGGCAGCCUUCCCAUCCCAGACGGAGCCUUCGGAGAUCACUUUGGCGGAGGAUCCUCCAGGCGGUGGCGGCCACGAGAAAUGCGCGUCUGAUCCGGGCGGAAGCUGCUCCAGCUCCAUCGACGGCACGCAGACGCAGCACCUUAAGAUUACAAGCUCUAUCUAGUCACUAAUCGACCAUUUGUUAUGAUCUCGUUUGGCGGCUACAAGGGAAGGAACUUUGCCCUUGACCCCAUUCGUCGGUCGUCGGAGACUUCCAAAAGGAUUGAUGGAACGAUGGCCUUCGCCCUACCUUGUUUCUUUAGCUUUUCUUUUCGCAGCAAGUAUUCGCCGUGACUCGAACAAUUGUCGUCUAGCUGCCCCUACGUGGAAGCUAUACGCCACCCCGCGAGGAGUUUUUUUUUACUGUUUU